CUCCUUUUCUCUCUUUUUGUUUUAAAUAGUCGCAAUCUAUAAGAAUGAAAUCACUGAAACAAGUGGCAAUAGCGCUCACCGCUUUCCCCUUGUUUUGCUCGGCCUUCUACUUGCCGGGCGUCUCCCCCCAUGAUUACGAAAAGGGAGAACUCGUCACGCUAAACGUAAACACGCUUUCGCCUUCUAGCUCACAACAAGUCAAAUCAGUCAUCUCGUACGAUUACUACAAUGAAAAACUACAUUUUUGCAAGCCUCCUAAGGGCAUGCAAGAACAGGCCGAAAGUCUCGGCUCCAUCAUCUUUGGUGACCGUAUCUUCAACUCGCCCUUCGAGUUGAAAAUGCAAAAAGACACGGCCUGUCAGUUACUUUGCGAGACAGAACCUAUCCCCGCAGACGACGCCAAAUUCAUCAAUAAAGUCGUGACGGACGGUUAUGCUAUGAACUGGGCUGUGGAUGGUUUGCCCGCCGCUACCGAAGACUUGGAUGAACAUACAGGAGAGAAAUAUUACAAUAUUGGUUUCAAAUUAGGCACAACCUAUGAGGAUGUGCCCUAUUUAAACAACCAUUACGGUAUCACCAUUCAUUACCAUGUCACCAACCGUAACCUCAAUCGCGUGGUAGGCGUUGUGGUCAAACCUUUUAGUAGAGCCACCGAUACAACCAGCGAAAACAUGUGUACUGAUAAAGCAGAACCCUUUCAUCUUAAAGAAGAUGGAAAAUCUACCGUCGUUUACACCUAUUCUGUCAACUGGAUCCCUUCAGAAACUGUGUGGGCCACACGUUGGGAUGGUUACCUCUACGUCUUGGAUCCUUCCAUUCAUUGGUUCUCCCUGAUCAACUCCAUCAUCAUUGUCUUGUUCUUGACAGGUAUGGUUGCCAUGAUCUUGUUACGUGCUCUUCAUAAAGACAUUUCCCGCUACAACGCCGUCGACGCCCAGGAGGAUGUGCAGGAAGAUUAUGGCUGGAAGCUCGUACAUGGCGAUGUAUUCCGACCUCCCAAUAAACCCAUGACAUUGGCUGUUUUAACAGGUAGUGGUGUACAAUUGGUCGUCAUGACAGGUGUCAUUCUCGUCUUUGCCGUUUUUGGUUUCUUAUCCCCUAGUAAUCGUGGAUCCUUGGGUACCAUGAUGAUCUUGUUCUUCAUGAUCUUUAGUUGUACUUCUGGGUACACCUCUGCCCGUCUCUACAAGAUGAAUGGUGGUGAAAUGUGGAAGAUGAACAUGAUCCUCACCGCUACACUCCUUCCUGGAACGUUGCUGGGUGGGUUAUUAGGGUUAAACUUCUUUUUGAUUUACUCCAACUCCUCAGGAGCUGUCCCCUUUGGAACGAUGAUGGCCAUUGCAGGACUUUGGCUGGUGAUUUCCUUCCCGCUCAGUAUUGCGGGAUCGUACGUUGGCUUACGUAAACCACGUAUUGAGCAACCUGUCCGUACCAACCAAAUCCCUCGACAAAUCCCCGACCAACCCACGUACCUGCGCAUGUUGCCGUCCAUUUUUAUGGGUGGUAUCUUGCCCUUUGGUGCAAUCUUUAUCGAACUCUACUUUAUCAUGAACUCAAUCUGGUUCCAUCGCAUUUACUACGGUAUCGGGUUCUUGUUCUUGGUGUUUGGUGUGCUGAUUAUUACAUGUGCCCAAGUCACGGUGUUGAUGUGUUAUUUCCAUAUGUGUAGCGAGGACUAUCAUUGGUCGUGGCGUGCGUUUUUAACAGCGGCGGCUACGGGAUUCUAUGUGUAUGCGUAUUCGUUCUUGUACUAUUUUACGAAAUUGAACAUCAAUACGUUUACAAGUACCGUGCUUUAUUUUGGGUAUUCUUCCAUCAUUAGUGUUUUAUUAGCCAUCAUGACCGGUUCAAUUGGCUAUCUUUCGUGUCUUUACUUUUUAAGAAAGAUAUUCGCAAGCAUUAAAGUGGAUUAGAGUGUUACACAUAAAAUGCGCUUCGUUUUCUUACCAUUUAUGGUGCGGGUGAAUGUAUUUGCCUCCAACCGAAAAUAAAUAUAAAAAUAUUUUUUUUUUUAAAUUUCA